AUGUGGCCUCCCAGUGAUAAAUUACCCUUACCCGAUUUACCCGAGGUCAAAUCCUUCAUUGGCGUCAUUUUCGCUGUCUCUGGCAAUAUUUUGAUCUCUGUCGCAUUAAACGUUCAAAAAAACGCUCAUAAUGAGCUUCAAAAGCUUCAACUCGACCGGCUUGAUUCAACCGAUAUAAACGACUCUGCACCAAAUUCUCCGUUAGGAACUCGCAACUUUCAUCCAAAUACUCCUGAUAGUUAUGUGCCAGAUCCCGAUGAUUAUGGUAAUAUCAAUUAUCUUCAUUCAAAAGCAUGGUGGGCUGGUCUCUUUUUAAUGAUCAUUGGCGAAUUGGGCAAUUUUAUCGCAUAUGCGUUUGCUCCGGCUUCGGUUAUCGCUCCUCUCGGAACUGUCGCUUUGAUUUCUAAUGUAAUUUUGGCCCCAAUAAUGCUUAAGGAGACGUUUCGACCUCAAGAUUUACUCGGAAUUCUAAUCGCAAUUAUUGGUGCGGUUGUCGUCGUGAUAAAUUCAAAAUCAGAUGAAGUAAAACUUUCACCUCAAGCGAUAUGGAUCGCUAUUAUGCAGACACAAUUCACCAUUUAUCUAUCAGUAACGCUUGUGAUGUCAAUGCUGUUAAUAUUCCUUUCUGAUAAAAUUGGUCAUAAACUAAUUAUUAUCGAUCUAUCAUUGGUUGCAAUAUUUGGUGGAUAUACUGUAUUAUCAACAAAAGCAAUCUCUUCCUUGUUGACGAUGAAAUUUGUUUUGAUGUUUAGUUAUCCGAUCACAUAUAUUUUGUUGUUUGUUCUGGUGUCUACUGCAGUUCUUCAGAUAAGAUUUCUCAACAAAGCAUUAAGGCAAUUUGAUUCAACGGAAGUUAUUCCCACACAAUUUGUUUUAUUUACUAUUUCAGCAAUAAUAGGUAGUGCUAUAUUAUAUAACGAUUUUGCUGAAAUGGAUUUUUGGAAAUGUGCGAGCUUCUUGACAGGAUGUUUAAUGACAUUUGUGGGUGUUUACUUUAUCACUUCCAAUCGAGGAACUAAAGGUUAUGUGAAAGUACCUCACACGGCUGCCAAUCCUAUACCUCGAUCCGUAUUAUCUGAUGACAUCGGCGCAGAUCGAAGAUAUGGAACGUAUCAACGUCCGAAUGCUACGACCAUUCCUUCCAAUCGAAGGCAUACUGUUUUAGAACCACUUGCACAUCCUUCCACACCUCUUUUAAGUGGUUACGAUUCGAACAACAAUUCUAUAUCAAGAAAUGACGGCAUUUUAUUGUCUCUUGUGCAUGGUUCACUUACUGUUGGUGUAAGUCAAGCAUUAAACUCCGUUGGUGCCCGUCAUUCUCAUGCACUAGGAUUAGAUCAAGUUUGGGAAAAUUAUUGGUUAAAAAUGUUAGAACAAAGGUCUAAUGAGUCUAAUGAUAUUAACACUAAUGGUGAUUCAGGAGUCCAUCGCCGUAGUAAUUCAGUACCACAACCUCGAACAUUUGAUAUUGAAAAUUAUCGAUAUGGUCGUAGACAAAAUGGUCGUAGACCUAACAUUUCAUUGUCUUCCAAUCAAGAUAAUAAUAGUGAAAAUUUCAACAUACAAUCAAAAUCUUUAACUAAUUCUUACCUUAGUACUUCGAAUAGAAUAUAUAUGGGUGAUUCUGGUAGUACUUAUGAAGCAUUUCCUGAUCUUAAUCAUUCUGAAGAUAUGGAUGAUUUGCCAGACUUACCUACAAGACGUGACUAUGGUAAUGAUAUAACUGAAAGCGAAAGUGAAAUAUAA